AUGCUCUUCGCUGCCUUCCUUGCCACAGUGCUCGGUGCGCUGGUUGCGGCAGACGGUGUCACGAUUGUCCCCGAAUUUGCGGCCGAGUGGGCUACGGAUCUUACCAUCAUGGGAUAUGCUAGCACGGCUGCCAGCGUGGCUGGAAUAAAUGCGCUGUAUACGACAUACCAUAUCAAUUGUUUGGACGACGCCCCGAAAACAGAUUGCCAAAUUGAUACGCCCUGGACUCUGAUUGAGGGACCUGGAACCUACAGCGUGACCGGCGUCUAUACCGGUUGGAGCAGCGGCGAUGGCAACGCUGUUACCGCCACUCGGCUAAUCGACUGCACCUUCACUUCCAGCUCGCUGUCCGCGUCCUGCUCGGCCAACUACAAAGCCACUGGUACAAUUGAGGGCUUGUCUUACUCGACUUCCACUGCCGUUUCCACGUCGUCUAUCCCGACAGACUCAAUUACCUAUCUCGCUAUGUAUAUCACUGCGGGCGCCAAGUCUUUCACUGAACCGCAAGCCACGCAGACCCCCGGCGCCGCUUUCGCUGCUGCGAAGCCUUUGAUCACGGCCGCUCCGCUGGGAGCUGCCGCCGCCGUGGCCAUCGCCGCGUUGUUCUGA